CGUAAAGUGCGGGAGGGUGGUACCAUAGUACACACGCAGAAAAGGCAGAAGCUACAGCGGCUGGAGACUUUUCUGCCUGAGACGUCCGGGAACCAUGAUCGAGGUCGUGUGUAACGACCGGCUGGGCAAGAAGGUCCGAGUGAAAUGCAACACUGACGACUCAAUAGGAGACCUAAAGAAACUCAUCGCGGCUCAAACUGGUACCCGUUGGAACAAGAUUGUCUUGAAGAAAUGGUACACAAUCUUCAAGGACCACGUGACCCUGGGGGAUUAUGAGAUCCAUGAUGGAAUGAACCUGGAACUUUAUUACCAGUAGGGGCAGCAAGAUAUUAUCCCCCAAUCUGCACCUCUCCUCUCCUUUUAAAAGUUUAAUAAAAUAACUUCAAUGCUGGUA